AUGUGACUCAUUACAACAGAAGUACAAGUUUAGUUGGCGUCGGUUGUGGGCCUUCACUGGUCCUGGCUUUCUAAUGAGUAUAGCUUACCUUGAUCCUGGAAACAUAGAAUCAGAUCUUCAAUCAGGAGCUGUGGCAGAAUAUAAGUUGCUUUGGAUUCUUAUGUGUUCUACCCUUAUGGGACUUCUGAUGCAGAGAUUGUCCCUUAGGCUAGGAACUGUGUCAGGCAAGCAUCUUGCAGAGGUGUGUCAUGAAAAGUAUCCCAAGAUACCCCGUAUCAUUCUCUGGGUUAUGGUUGAGAUUGCAAUCAUUGGCAGUGACAUGCAGGAAGUUAUUGGAACUGCAAUAGCAUUUAACCUUUUAUCAAAUGGAAAGAUUCCUCUGUAUGGUGGUGUUCUUAUCACAAUCACUGAUACAUUUAUUUUCCUAUUCCUUGAUAAAUAUGGUCUAAGAAAGCUGGAGGCAUUCUUUGGAUUUUUGAUAACUGUUAUGGCUGUGUCAUUUGGCUAUGAGUAUGUAAAAGUAAACCCAAAGCAGGAUAAAGUACUGGAAGGUCUUUUUAUACCUUGGUGUGAAAAUUGUGACAAUAAAAGUAUUUUACAGGCUGUAGGUAUUGUUGGAGCGGUCAUCAUGCCUCAUAAUAUGUAUCUUCACUCAGCUCUAGUUAAGUCUCGGGAAGUAGACAGGAAAGAUACUAAAGCAGUGAAAGAAGCUAAUUUGUAUUAUUUUAUUGAAUCAGCCAUUGCACUGUUCGUUUCACUUAUCAUCAAUAUAUUCGUGGUCGCAGUAUUUGCAGAGGCAUUUUAUAAUACUACAUAUGGGCAAGUGUAUCAUAAAUGCAUUGGAAACAAGAUAAGCCAAGCUGAAAUCUUUAAUGUGAACAAGAGCAGUGAUCCUCAUAUUACUUGGAAUUCCACCAUCGACGGAGACCUUUACAAAGGGGGUGUCUUCCUCGGAUGCAAGUUUGGAAAAGCAGCGUUGUAUAUUUGGGGCAUAGGAAUCCUAGCAGCGGGUCAAAGCUCUACUAUGACCGGAACCUACUCAGGCCAGUUUGCUAUGGAGGGCUUCUUAAAGAUCUCUUGGGCAAGAUGGAAGCGAGUGCUGUUUACCAGAUCAAUCGCCAUUGCUCCAACCCUUUUUGUGGCUUUCUACGAAGGAGUCCAGGAUUUGACAGGAAUGAACGAUUUCCUUAAUGUACUACAGAGUUUACAGCUCCCUUUUGCUUUGAUUCCUGUGUUGCAUUUCACGGGAGACAGAGCCAUCAUGGGAUCUUUUAAGAAUGGAAGGGUGAUGCAAGGUGCAGCUUGGUUUUUGUCUGUUGUAGUUAUAGGAAUUAACAUGUUUUUUGUCGUGGAAUAUGUGUCCGAAAUACCGCGCAACGGAGGCUACUAUUUUCUAGUUGGAUUGUACCUUCUUUUCUACGUUGCUUUUCUUUUAUUAUUGGUUUAUUUUGCGCUUGGAUUCACCUUCUUGGAUUUCAUCAAGGUUUUGAAAAGACCUGAUUCAAUUCAAUACGUCGCUCAGGAAGAUGAUAAUACUGUUUCCAAUGGCUUCUCACAGUGACGUGGAUUCGAGUUAGUUUAGCUUAGGGGUUAGCGAUGCUAUUAAAUGCAAUGUGUUGCACUAGUGUAAGGCCUUGUCACGCGUUGUUGUAUAAUAGUACGUCAUGAUGAAGCCAUGCUUCUUUUAAGAUUUAAAGUAAGAGAGAGAUUUUAAAGACCAUGUUAGGUAGUGCUAUACAAACAAUAAAAAAAACGAGUAAUAGAUGGAAUAAUAAAUAAGAUAUUUUUUUACCAAGCAACAAGAAGGACAAAAGUGACAACAAAUAUUGCCUUGAUGAUGAAUCCCUGUCCCAGUCCUUGAUCGUGAAGGCUAUCGUAAAAUGCUUUCGUAGCCGUCAAGACAAGGUGCAAUGUAGUUUUUAAAAAAUUCUAAUUUAUGCUGAAUAAAGGUCAUUCACAGGAAAGCUAAAA